CGCGUAACGAUAGCAGCAAAAUCCGAGUGCUGCCAUCGUAGUCACAACCAAACCAAAAACAACAAUAACGAACCCAAGAAAAUCCAAAAAAGAUACGAAAUUCUCAACACAAUUCGCCGGUAAAGUGUGUGAAUAAACAAAUAGGAUAUGCAAUUAUUUGUAAGUGGGAAAAAACAGAAACAAUUGCAAGCAAACAGCAUGUGUUGUCCCAGUGCAAAGUGUGAUAACUAAGCAAACUUUAUAAUUGGUGAAUUUAAAAAUUGAAGCUCAAGGAACAAGGCGGACAACUUUUUAAUGGAAGCCUCCGGAACACGAAUAAUAACCAACACGAGGGAAGCAUCCUCAUCAGCAACAUGAUCCCCGUGAUGUCCACGUAAUGAAAACGAAACUCAAAAAGUUGUCGUGCCGUUGCUGAGCGGAAAAACAGCCCAGAAAAAAGGCCAAAAUUAAACUAAAACCAAAAAAUUGGGAACGAAAAAUGAAGUCUGUUAUUCUAUAUCCAUAUGGACCGCUAACCGGCGGCACUCGUUGCUGUCGCAUGUUGCAUGCCAAAAAUUUGGCCAUAACAAGUGCAAUUUACACAAUUAAUAUAUCGCUUUUAAUCGUACUGAUCUACUCGUGGCGCAUAAAUGUCAAUAUGCACAAGUCGGCCGACCUGCAGGAUGUUUACUACGGUGUACAAAUAGCAUAUUUUGCUAUAAUCGGCACACAAAUGUCCAUGAUAUUGCUGAGCAUUGUGUUGAUAUUUGGAAUAUGCCGGGAGAACCCCGGACUAAUUGUACCCUGGAUAAUUGGCUAUAUAACAUUUAUGGCCCUGGAAGCUGUCGCCAUGGUCUACUCCAAUGUGCUGCGCGAUCAUGUAAAUAAGCAAUUUGAUGCCAUGUGCAAGGCUGAGGUGGCUUUCUUUAUUGCUAGAGCCUUAAUUAACGUGCUGGCCAUGUGGGGUGUCCUCCGCUUCUACAAUUUGGUUCGCUCUGGAAUUACAUGGCGUGGACCAGAGGCCAAGACCGCCAUUUUUGCGCCCAUGUAUAAGAGUGUUAGUACGAACAAGCCGCACACAUACACGUACAGCAAGCGGUCAAGACGUCGCCAUAGCAUUGAGGCCACUUCCGGCGGAUGCUGCGCCAUCUUCGAUUUCGACUUUGAGUAUGACGAAGAUAACGAUGAUGAUGACGACGACGAUGAGGCGGCCUACGGUUUGGAUACGGAGGAUGAGGUGGGCUAUGAUUACGAUGACUACUACGAUUACUACGACGAUGAUGAGCUGGCGGAACAGCAGCAUUUGGGACUGCAGCAGGACGAUGCGGAUUGCAGUAUGUUGGGGGCCAGCAAGGCCAGCAGAUCGCGAUCCAAGCCGCGAGCCGCUGUGGUCAAGGUCAAGGGUCAGCGGAGCGGAGGUCGCCGCACCAACAACAACAUUCGCAGUGUGCUGAUCAACAAGCGGCACAACAAGUACAAAAUUGCCCGGCCGCAAACCCAACUGGAGGUCAUCAAUGAAUCCGAGAAGAGUGCGGGGAGCGGCAGCGAUGAGAACGAUUCCCUUUUGGUGGCCUAUGACAGCAGUUCGUCGCUGGCGUCGGUUUGACAUUGGCCGCCAUGUAAAUCGGGAACCGGAAAUGGAAAUGCAGCCAUUGGGGGAGGUGAUAGAAAUGUCGGGGGAAAGUGCCAUUGCAGUGAAAACAGAGGAAGCGGAAGUGAGACCGACGACGACGAUGACGACGUCGACGUCGACGAUUCUGACCAGGGCCAGCAUCUGGAGCCUGGGCGGUCGAAGGGUGGUGGCCAAUGUUGUGGUCAGCCACGCCGACGUCCACUGCGACGCGUCUACUGCGCUGUGAAUCUGUCCAUAAUGGGAAUUCUGGUGGCCGUCGAGAUAUACGCUCAGAUCGCCAUAUUCCUGUAGAUCUUCCUGGAAUAAAAAGUGUUCUUCCAAGGCCAUUCGAUCUCAUAAUUUCAUUCCAAAGAUCAAAAAUAAAAACAUACCCAUUAAAUGCCAGCAGAGAUUACAGCUUUAAAUGUAAAUAGUAACAUUUCAAAACCAACCAAACUUUAGAUUCUACAAUUAGCUUACAUUACUCAAAUCGCCACUUCAAAAAUAUUUUUAACAUUUAUCUGUCUAAUGGUUUUUAAUAUGUGGUUUCUUGAAAUAUAUACUAUGAUUUGAAUUAUCCUAUGUUUCAAAAUUUAAAUAGCUGAAAAUUUAUUUAUUUUUAAAUUUGUUUUAGAUGUUAAAAGUCUUAACAUAAAAAAGUCCUUAUGUAAAUACUUUAACCAAAAUGUCAAAGCUAUCAAUAAUUUCAAUACUAUUAGGAACAAUAAUAGAAAUAAUUCUAAGUGUUUGCAAAAUAUUAAUAGGAAAUUACCCAACCAGAUAAGAAAUAGAAGAGGUCUCCAAGAGAUGAAAUAGCAACUUUUAUGUUAAUAAAAAACAAAUAGUCUCCUGAGUCAAGGUAAUAGAUAAUUGACACUUUAUUGCAAAGCCCAAAUGAAAGCUUUAAUAUAAUUUAAUGAAAUAAAUCGCAUGUCUAUCCAAAACAAAUAAAAAAGCCCAAGCAAAAGUAACAGAAACAAUAAAAAUAAAAUUGAUAAAACCAAAAGUUAAACAAUAAAAGUUUAAAUGCUUAGGAAAUGACGCUGCAAAUACUUUCAGCUAUCUCAAGUUGAGGUCGGUGACGUACAAAAAAGUAAGCAAAAUAAAAACCAUAUCUAUAAAUGUUGUAUAUAAAGUAAGUAAUCUUAAGUACAGUUGCGCCAAAAAAAAACCACUAGACAGCCAGUUUAAAACUAACCAAUAAAUGUGAGUUGAUGUAUACCUUACGAUAAAUCAAUAAUAAAUACUUGAUAUUUGUGAAAGAAAAA